CCCACGGCAGCAGACGCGUUGCUGCUGCCAUCAGCCCCUCCCCCAAGCGCAGCCCGGCCACUAUUGGUCUGCCCCCUCGGGAGCCAGUGUUUUGCCGGGUUUCGUCGUCGAGUUUCCUGUUGCUCUCUGUGGCGCAGUCCCUCACAUCGCGUCUCUGGUGAGUGUGGAGCAGUCCUCCUCACCUUCACCGACACUGUGCGCGGCAGAUAUGACGUCCACGGAGCAGAUACUGCAGCAGGCCGCCGACGAUGGCUCUCUUGACCCGAAGGAAUGGCCCCGCGCCCUCGAGUACAUCUUGGCUCGCCUGGAUGAGAUAGUCAACGACUUCCCCAAGCCCACCACUCCCCCCUCGGACCCAGGCUCCUCCCUCUCCAACACGCCCUCGCGCCCACAGAAUGUUCUCUCAAGCCAGGAAUCGCAAAGCGCAGAUAAAGAAAAUGCCCCGCCCGCUACCCCUCCUCGUCCACCCGUCCCCGCCUUCCCGAGCACACCCUCCGCCUCCGAAGAGCCCCUGUCCUUCCCUUCAGAGACCAUGGCCUUCUAUUCCUCAAUACGAGACACUCUCUCAAAGAACUUUUCCAAGAGCCCUCCCCACACAAUACAGCGUUUGGCAGAAUUGGUUCUCCAGCCCAAAGAGCGUUACCGAUUUCUCCCGCCUUACCUCAAAGCCCUCGACCGCGUCGUAUCUGUCUCAUCCCCAACCACAAUCUUCCCUCUCCCACAAGCCGUCCUUCCCACCGCCACAGGCCUUCUAAAUGGCAUGACGUCUACAGCGCCGAGUACCUUAGGCUCCGACGAAUCCCUUGGUGGCGCAUUGCUAACCCCAAUCCCCUGGCUACAGAAUCGAGGUUCGAGCAGCGAACUAAUAUCCGAAUCGACGGAAAUGGUUGAUGGGCCCCAUGGCGCUGGGAGGAUCGAAACCGUGUCUGUUAUGAAUGGCCUCAACUCACCACCUACGUCCACACCCUCAAAUCCACAGAUACAGUCCUCCCAUCCGAACGGCGAAUCUCUACCCUCCACUGGCCCCGUCACACAAGGCGAGAUCCUCCGCCAAGAGCAGGAAGCCGGCGUCGUGCUAUCGAAUCCUCAUUCGCUUCAACCAUCUCGGACAAUGGUUGGGGAUAGUGAAGGAGGAGGGACAAUAGUUGAGACAGUGGAGGGCGAAGAAGAGGUUCCACAUGCUCGAGGUCCGGAGUUGAUUGGAAUAGAGGACACAGGCCCGCAGAGGCAGAGUGGCACAGGUUUGGAUAUUGAGGGGGCCGUGGGUAGACCGAGCCUGGGAAGGAUGGGCAAGAGCCCCGGGUUGGUGGAAAAUCCAGGCGCGAAGGACGAGGAGAUGAAGGAGGAAAGUGAGGAAGUCAAAGAAGAGAGUGAAAAGGACCAAGAUAAGAUGAAAACUGAUGAGUAGGGACUAUGGGUGGCUUUUAAAUGUAGUCACAUUGGGCGACACCGGUGUCUUAAAGCUAAUAGAGAGGAGCAACCAUGGCGUUUUUGGACUCCGCGUAGUGCAGACUGUACCCACUGAAAGUUUUGCAGUGGUGCAAUCGGACAUUAUGACUGUUCCGAUUAGUAGGUAACCUUGUCAACACGCCGAAAAGCCUCACGGGGAUCGACGGGUUUGUAGGCGUCCGUCGUAUACAAUUCCAAUGGGUUAUAAAAAAUAGGCCCCCUUCCAAGAAGUAACAGGUUUUAAAGUCCGCGAG